AUGGAUUCAACCACAAAGUCAGUUUCUCGGCACCCGAAGCGUGGAUCCAGCCGUCGUUGUCAUAUAAUCCAUGGUCACGAAAAUACAUCAUUGAUUACCAAGGAAGGGGAGAAAAUUGAGAAAAAUACGACAACAAAUCUGGAAAAGGCACAGAAAAUGCUAGCCAAGCAGGAGAAUCCAAUGAAUCCCUACAAUAAAUUCGAGUAUCCAAUGAUCCCAUAUCAGUUAACGCUGAGACUCGAGGAACUGAUGGCAAUUCCGGGUAACUUCGAAUCCCCAGCGUGUGGUCCUCCACUAAAGACACCCACCGAGAGUUGUUCCCAGUAUCCGAAGGAAGCACCAAUCAGCUUGGAUGAAGCUGUUCAUUCAGCCGGAUGUGGAUUUAACGGAUCUGCGUGUAUGAGAGAAAGCAGACGGGAAUUCUAUUAUGCAGUUAAAACUAAAGUGGAAAAUGCCAUCAGGAGACACAAAAUCUUUUUAAUACGCGGAGAUCUGCCGAUGCUUGUGAGGGCACUUGAAGCACGUGGCUGGCUGCAGAAGUACGAAUCCUUUAAAACCCGAAUGCUACCCUAUGCAGGUAUCAUGAGUAUGGAUUCAAAAUCGUUGGUUGAUAUUAUCCAAGGAGACGGCUCAUUAAACGAGAAAGCACUUGUGUUUGCUCUCUUACGAACUACACCACCAGACUUCAUUUGGGACUGUCGCAAUGACUUUGUUGAGUGGGAUUCUUCCCUCAAGCAUAAUGUUCUUUUAAAUCGUUUCGAAAGAUCCUCAGUUUAUACAUCAAAAUUGGGUAUGGCUCGCAUACUUGAACAGGCGCACUGGUUUUAUGAGGAGGAUGUAUCAAGCCUCGAGUUUCCACGUAGUUACAAUCCAGCUCGGGAUGCAAAUGCAUUUUUAGAGGAUUUUCGUCGUACAGCAGCCGUUGGCUUGUUAAAGUGGUUUGUCAUGAGAAUUCAGGACGGGUUGGGUAUUGUUGUGGAGGAAAGUCAGUCGAUUCCUAUCAGUAGAUUGGAAUUUGCACUGAAAAUAUGUCAGAGGUAUUUAGUUGAUAUUGAGCAUGAGAAUAUUGAUCAAGUGGGGACGUUAGAGACUACGGAUGACGAGUGGAAUACUUUCGUUGAAGAUUAUUCAAGUGUUAUUCACAGAGGCUUUGGAAUAUCCAAUAUUGAGGAGGAUGCUCCGGUGAAACUCGAGAAAUGCUAUUUACUGGCAUUUGAAACUCUGAAAAAACUUGGGGAAUGCGACCCGCAGUUUGAGCUCAAUGGAAUGAGAAAUAUUUGGAUUUUAAAACCAAGCGAUCUGUGCUGUGGCACUGGAAUCAGUAUAUCUCACUGUAUCAAAGAUAUAUAUCGUCGAGUUGACUCUAAACCCAAGGAUUAUUUUAUCAUACAAAAAUACAUCGAAAAGCCACUGCUGAUUCAAGAAACGAAGUUUGACAUUCGUUUGUGGUAUCUCGUGACCAGCACACUUCCUUUGACCAUCUGGUUAUUUAAAGAAGCACUAUUAAGAUUCAGCUCUAAGCCCUACUCGGUUUCCACUUAUCACGAGGCAAUUCAUCUCUGUAAUACCGCUAUUCAGCAGAAAUAUGACUACGAGAAGCGGCGGAGACGUAAAAGGGACAAUAUUGAUGAAACUGAAGAAUCAAUUCGUGAUCGAGGAUGGGAUUGCAAAAUGCUGAACGAAUAUUUAAAGACUCGGGGAUUUAGCGGCGAGCCAUAUUACGACACUAUAUAUCCGAAAAUGUCACAGGCCAUUGUGCUGACGAUGCUGGCGGCACAGGAGCAUAUGGAUCGUAGACGAUGCAGUUUUGAACUUUAUGGCGCUGAUUUUAUGGUACUGGAUGACCUGUCCGUAUGGCUAAUUGAAAUUAAUACGAACCCACGUAUGCAUCCACCGAGUUCAAAAAUAACUCAACGACUCUAUGAUACCGUACUUGAGAGUGUUGUCAAAGUUGUGAUGGACUUACCACUCGAUCCGUCGGCUGAUACCGGAGGUUUCCAACUCGCUUACAAGCAAGAUUCCCUGGAUUUCAUUCCCUAUCUUGGUCUUGGUCUCUUUGUAUUUGGUAAACAUAUGGUACUACGAGAAAACGAGGAUAAGGAUGUGAACAACAGUAGGACAAAUAUUUGCAGUCCGUGGGGGAGACACAGUCGUGCAUGGACAGCACCGGCUAGAUCGCACAAUAAAAAUCCGAAGGUUGUUGAUUUUGUCAAUAGCGUCGAGUAAUGACGGACUGAACACAUGAAAUAUAUAAUUGUUGAUUUAUCAAUUUUAGUGAUAUACCAAUAUUUGA